CGAGUUUAUAUUGGACCAUUAUCGUUUUAUUUUCUCUUGCGAGAAUCUUCUCGAAUGUUUAGAAGGGGACAUUGACAAAGAUUGAAGACAGAAAAGCCGCAGCACCACUCAGUACGAAGGUAAUUGGACAGUUUGCGCUCAGAAAAGUCCGAUGAUGGUUCAAGAUUCCCCUAUGAUUGAGGUAUCGAUCCCGUCGCUGGAGCGAGAGGUAGACGAGUCGGGGAAAUUGAGAAAGGUAAACUGUUGUAGGCUUUUUUUUUUAAGUAUCUGGAUGUGUGUGGUACAGUAAGGUUCAAUACUUAUUUUAAGGCAUCUCUUAUGUUUUCCCGCAACUUGUCAUGCACAUUUUGUUGGACAAAUAAGCUUUUUUUCUUUCUUUUUUUCUACAGCUUGAAUAGGUGCGCUCGAUUUAAUGCGUGGCUAUUCCACUGGUCCUGAUUUGCCAUUCGUGCCGGCUGCCGCGCUAUCCCUUUGCGCCAGGCGAGCUAGAAGGGCACCUAUUCCAUAGAUUUAUAUAGCCUAUAUUAUAAUUUCUAUAAUUUUGUGAAUCGUUGGUGCCCUUGUGUGUCCUGUAUCACAGAAUUGUGAAAAACUUCAGUUUUGUCUGUGGCUGCAUUCUCCCAUUUUCCCUUAAAAUAUAUUAUGUGAAAGCCCUGAGCCUGAUUUGAAAAAGACACAUAAAAACAGAAGUAUUGCAGUUUGCAGGCCAAACAAAAGGAAGCCAAGCACCCAAUCUUUCUUAGAGGACAGUUGCCAUACACAGAGGCUACACCCAGUGGUGGAAAAACUACACAAUUAUCAUACUUGAGUAAAGAUGCCUUAAUAGAAAACGACUCAAGUGAAAGUCACCCAGUAAAAUACUACAAGACAGCAUGCUUUUGUUUUUGAAAUUACGGAUUGCCAGGGGCACACGCCAACACAAUUUACAAACAAAGAAUGUGUUUAGUGAGUCCGCCAGAACACAUGCUGACGAAACCGGCUCCGGUCGUGCACCAUUAAGGCAUUGUGUGUAUGUUGAUUUUGUCUGUCCCCACCAGACGCUUUCAUGACACGCAAGUUAAAAUACCAGAACCAACUGUGAAGCAACUAUAUUAAUUAAUGUCUAAACACAAGUGAAACAUUCACUGACAUUUAGCUAGCUUGCUAUUGCUCGUUAAUUUGUCCUGGGAGAUAAACAAUUUGACCUGAAAUUCAUAUGGUCCUUUUUUUUGCUGGAACUUUGUAGAAUUUUGAGUCACACACAAUCGUGUGUUCUCUACACCGACAAUUAAUCCACAGAUAAAAAGGGAAAACUAGUUAGUUUUUAGUUUUCCUUGAUUAAUCUCUCCUCGUUUGUUCUUCUUCUGUGGAUGUUUUAUGGCGGUUGGCAACCAACUUUAAGGUGCAUAACCGCCACCGACUAGAGUGUGGACCUCGUUCAUCUUUCAAUCACCCGCGUGGGUGGGAGAGGCGGGAAUUGCAGCGCAUCAAGCGGCUAAAAUAGAACCACAUUCUAUUUUAGAGCCUGGCUACGCAGACACCCGCGAGCAGUUUGGAUGAAAAGAUUGAAUAACAUGUAUGUGGAAAUGUAUUUUUGCAACGCGGGCGGGAUUUGCUCAGCAUGUCAGAGGAAGUAGGGAUGACCACGUGGUCUCUUGAUACGCGUGUAAAUUUGACCAUGUUCCUGUCCUGCUAAGCAUUCAAAAUGUAACUGGUACUUUUAGGUGUCAGGGAAAAAUGUAUGGGAGUAAAAAGUACAUAUUUUCUUUAGGAAUGUAAUGGAGUAAAAAAUAUGAAUAUUAAAGUACAGAUACCCAAAAAACUUAAAUAGUACUUCAAAGUAUUUGUACUUAGUUACUUUACACGACUGGCUACACCUAGCUGCUGGAAUGAAUGUUUGCUAGAAGAAAAGUUGGUGUUGACACCACUUCUUGCACCUACCUAGCACUGGGGACUUGAGUGCACUUUUUGUCUGCAUUUACACAGGCAGCCCAAUUCUGAUCGCUUUGGAUGAAAGCAUCCGCUAAAUGGCAUAUAUAGGAUACAUAUAACAUGACUGAAUAUGACUGAAUUUACAAGUUCAGAGACUUGGGCAAAAAAGUUUUAGUUUUUUACAGUGAAAACACCCAAUGUCUGAAGUAAUUUACCACCGGUUUUGGUUGAGAGCUGUCUGCUUGUUAGGUUGAGUCUACACAGGCAGCACAAUUCUGGUCUUUUUUUCUGAAAAAGAUCUGAUGUGAAAAUAUCUAAUGUCACUGUAAAAACAAAAAAACUAACAAAAAGAAACACUUUGCCCAAGUCUGAACUUUGAGCCAGUAAAUUCAGUCAUGUUAUAUGUAGCCAAGUGUACAAAACAUUAUGAACACCUGCUCUUUCCAUGAAAUAGAUGGACCAGGUGAAUCCAGGUGAAAGCUAUGAACCCUUAUUGAUGUCACUUGUUAAAUCCACUUCAAUCAGUGUAGCUGAAGGGAAGGAGAUGGGUUAAAGAAGGAUUUUUAAGCCUUGAGACAAAUGAAACAUGGAUUGUGUGUGUGCCAUUCAGAGGGUGAAUGGGCAAGAGAAAAGGUGUAAGUGCCUUUGAAUGGGGUAUAGUUGUAGGUUCCAGGUGCACCGGCUUGUGUCAAGAACUGCAAUUCUACUGGGUUUUUCACACUCCACAGUUUCCCGUGUGUAUUAAGAAUGGUCCACCACCCAAAGGACAUCCAGCCAACUUCAUACAACUGUGGGAAGCAUUGGAGUCAACAUGGGCCAAUAUCCUUGUGGAAAUCUUUCGACACCUUGUAGAGUCCAUGGCCCGACGAAUUGAGGCUGUUCUGAGGGCAAAAGUGGGGGGUGCUACUCAAAAUUAGGAAGGUGUUCUUAAUGUUUUGUAUACUCAUUGUAUGCCAUUUAGCAGAUACUUUUAUCCAAAGCGAUUUACAACCGUAAUUGUAUACAUUUCCUUAUUGGUGGCCCCGGCUGGAAUCAAACCCAUGACCCAGUUGAAAUAUGGGCUCACGUUACGCAUCCCACAGCAGCUGUAGUCUUAACAGGAUUACUAAAUUGCCUGCCUCCAUGAUCAACAAAAAUAAGACUGAAGUCAUUUUUGACAGACACGUAAUUCUGCUUCAUGGAGUCACUCAUGAGCUUUUGGUAUGUGUGUGUGUGUAAGGCGGCCAAUACUCUUUUCACACUAUUGUGCCAACCCGAACUGUACUCUCUGUGCAGGCUUGGAUAUUUUCUUUUCACAUUGUCUACUCUUUUCCAGCAUGAGACUAGUACUGCUUGGGUAGCUAAAAGUGAGCUGAGCUGACCCUGAGCUAGUCCGCUUUUAAAUAAGCAGAGGGGCUUAGUCAAUUAGUCAUUUCUUGAAAUAGAGUGGGGUUCAUGAAGUGGUCCAAUCAUAUCCCUUUCACGCCAACAUGCUGACCCAAACUAUACUGUGCUGGCUUGGAUAUUUUCUAUGCACAUAGAGUACAUUGCCCUUUCAAACAGGGUUCAAGCUACUAUGGUGCAUGCGUAUCCAGGCCAGUUCAGCAAACCUUGGCUGAGCUCGGGCUGAGUAGUGUGAAAAGGGUAUUAGAUUGUCUUGCUUGUCUGUGAACUGUCUGAUUUAGGGUGCAGCAUGUUCCCCUCUGAGCCUUCUGCUGUGUUAUGUAAGGAGGGCGCAUCGGGCCCCUCUAUGUGCCAGGGGUUUGCAGGCAGAAAUAUCUAGCCCUCUCUGCAAACCCACAACAAUGAAAGCUCUGUGAUGGAAGGAUGACCAUUGAAAGAAUGGCGAGAAAGAGAGGAUGGCCGGAGUUCUGUCUGUAAACCGGCUGUAUGGCUUCAACAACAGAGACCCGAUAUGGACAAAUUAAGUAUAUCUCAUGAACUAAUGACAAUCUCUGUACUCUCAUACAUCCCCAUGGAUUAAGUGAAUGUCCCAUCAGCUAAUCUGUAGACAUAUAUAAUUGCAAGGGGGAACAUAAAGUGACAUUUUGUUACCUGAAAUUAAUUAGUUAAAGCAUAAAAAAUGGAUGUGCUGUUUUUUAACUUGUUUACCAGUCUCGAGUGAGCAUACAGAGACUCUUUUCUUUGACAGGAAGUUCCUUUUUGGGCAGAUGUAACUCAAUCAAUGAAAUUACAUGCUUCUUGUCCUGAACAGUAAUUUGGUAAACGAAUGAAGAAGCACAAGGUGUGCGUGCGUAGGCCGGGGAGUUAUUUCAUAUGAAAUGGGCUCUGGGGUUGAGACUGACCUCUACCGGGUUAGUGAAGCAGGCUGAACAUUGAGUAGAAGCAGGUACUUGUUGUUCAUUGUGAUACUUGACUUUGUGGAACUGACUAAUCCAGUGAGUUCCGCCAUAGCGGGAAGAACAGAAACUUCAUGAAAGGGAGAUUUGUGUGUCAAUGAGAGGAAUUGGUUACUUUAAAGCGCAUGGUCAGUCACAUAUCUUUGUCACUAAAUAACCAUUAAUAACAGUUCAGGUGAUGAUGGUCAAAAGUCUGUAUCGUCAGGGUAAUCAUCUUGUAUUAUGUAAACAAUAAAUGUUUAUUAGUAAUCUUGUAACAUCUCAAAUGUAUACUCUGGGCAGUGGGCACUGAUUGCAGAGUAUGGUAACUCUUAGCACAAGUUAACAAUACUUCACCAGAAAACGCUGGAAAAUAACUUGUCCGAGUUGAUCACAUGACUACUCAGGUGAUUUUAACAAUAUGAUAAUUAGUCAAGAUAUAGGAUGUAUGAUUAUUCUGCUCAUGAGGAUCCAUAUUAGAUCCAGUUGCUGCCUGGAUAAUGGCCACAGCCCUCCUGCUCUGAGAGCUCAUUCAUCCAUGGAUUGAGGGCCAUCUGUUUCGGACCGUCAUUGGCAUGUGAUGACAUGGCUCCAGCCCCAUCGGCCCACUGGGUCGUGAGUCGCCCGGGCAACCCAGGAAUAUGGAGGCCAUGUGCCUUCUUUGAACAGCUAGCCUGGUCCCAGAUCGGUCUGUGCUGUCUUGCCAGAGUUGGCACUUGGCAAGACAGCACAGACACAGAUCUGGGACCAGGCUACACAGCUACAGACAGUCAAAAUUACUGUUUGCUUAGAGAGAGGAGUUAAGUACUGUACUAGGCUGACCGCUGUAGUUUCUGCUGAUUUAGGGUCAGCACUCUUUCGAAGUAAAAGAGAAAGUGCUCAGCCAGUUGCGAAGAAUUAAGGACCAGAUUUAUUUUUAGGUCAAGAAUAAAUACCAAAAAGUAUGAAAAAGGCAAACUCUUUAAUGUACAGGUUUUUGUGUUGGAUGGUUAUAGACUAGUUCAUAGAUUUAAAAGAUAGCUUUAAUGCAGUUAUAGGGUUGCAAAAUCGUCCUUGUAGCAAUCACUCUGGAUCAACCCAUGAUAGAUGAGUUUAGGUGGAAAGGGGGGCAUGGGCCUUUAAUUAUAACCUGAAUGUAGCCAGUCAGCUAUAUUUAAUGUGAGGGCCUGACAAAAAAAAAAGUGUGGAUCAACUGCAUGACUCGGCUAAUCCCUGUGUCAGGAUGACUCUCUGUUCUGGGUCAUGUUCAUUAGGCACUAUACAUAAGAAACGGGAACAGGACCCUGAAUACUGGAUUCCAAACAGCAUGUCCUGAAGCUCCAAACUUAAGUCAACAACUUCAAAGGAAUAUUUAGAUAAUAGCUUGCUGGAAAUGUAGGCUAGCAUUUUGGUCACCAUACUUGUCAUGUUUAGACAGAGUCCCUCAUUCAUAUUUUUGAAAGUCUUUCCCACUCUUUAUGUCAGUGGCCAUUUUUGUAUUAUUGGUUAACUUGGUUUCAGACCAAUUUGGAGAAGAUAUCCCUGUUUUCUUUAUUUUAGAAAGGGGGGAAGACUAAAGGAUGUCCACUUUUGUAGUUGUCAUUAACCUCAGUUCUGGGUGACGGGUGUAUUCUCAUUUGUCUUUGUCCAGAUGAAUAUCAGCUAGCUGCCACGCCUAUACAGCCGGCAGCGUUGCCAUUCAUCCAAAUAAGCCUGCUUAUUAACUACCAUGGCACACACUGGAGCUUCACUGGAAAAGGAAGCAUUUCAUUACUGCCCUUGUUUGAUUUGUUGUAAUGUACAAGCAAGCAGCCUACAAUAAUUCGUGUACUAUCAGUACUAUUUUCCAAGCAUAAAAAAUGUGGACAGUGCACUUGGGUUAUAAAAACAAUACUGUAGGAUGAGCAACUCCUGUCCUUUGGCUGCAUUCUGCCAGUUAUCUAUCCUCCAAAUUAAUUGUCACUGAUUGGUUAGGAAGUGCAGUGUAGCCUACAUUUCAUCACUUUCAGGAAGUUAUAUAAUGUAUUUAAGAAAUAACAUUCCCACAGGUAGUCCUUUACCUAGGGUUAUGGUCAUUCUAGGGGAUAUUGUUUUGCUUUUCUUGUGUGAUUCUCUACACUACACUUUGCGUGUUUUGCCACAUAAACUUAAAUUAGGCGAACUAUUAGAAUUUUAGCAACCAGGAAAUGGCAACGCGAUUUCUGCACAUUGCACCGUUUUAAAUGGCGAUGUUCUCAUUCUGUUGACCACAAAGCAACCUCAUCCCUGGUGUAUAUGGUCUCCAAGGGGAUAUGUCUAGUUGUUUGCCCUGUCUGUUGACUGGUCAGGCCUAGGCAUGCGCUCCUGGGGUAUGUCCCAAUUAUCUCUCCUGCAUCCCAAAGUCUGCAUUUGUUCACUUCCCUUCACUGAUUUUGAAAGGAAAUGACUGGUAUACGAUAUAUGGUGGAAACUCCCACCAGCUUAUUCCCACACCAAUCCAAUGCUUUUAGAUUUGUGUGAACGAGUCCACACUUCAGGAGAAAGGAGAUAUUGGGACGGUCCCCAAAGUUUGAUAGGAUUCGUUUUCUGGCCACCAGUGGGCACUGUUGUGUUUAGAUUGCUGAGCUCUGUAAACAGGCCUCUUUCUUCCCCCUGCUGGAUAUCUGACUACAUUACACUGGACACUAAACUGUCAGGCAUGAUUGGAGAACAUCAAGUCCCAUCUCGUUUGUAGAACUACCUUUAGAAAGGCAAACUCGUAUGUGAAUGGAAAGACUUACCUUUUGUACAUAAAUGUUACUGUCCUAUCUGUCCGAUCACAAGCAAACAUAAUUCUACUGAUAUUCCUUUCCAGAAAACCAGUGUAAUAACGCAAAACUCCUCUCUGCUCUGCUCUUUUUUUUUAUUUUCUAGCUCUUCAGAGUUGAGAUAUUGUUCAAUGGAAGGAAACACUUUGUGCUCAGAAGACACAGUGAAUUCCAGACCCUCCACAGAAAGGUAAAACAAUUGCUGACUCUCUGCCUCCCUUACUUGACACCAGAAUCGACAGUAUCUGAAUGAUCUAAAACCCAUUUUGUACACAGUAUACUCGACUCUGUUGCCGUACAAACCAAUGGCUAACUGCUCUACAAAUAUACUUACAUUUCUCUGCUUCAAAGAUACAAAUGAUGGUCGCAAUGCAAUUGCUUGGUUGUUGUAUGCAUGAUGGACAUUAACCCAUUGCGGCCCAUCCCUGUAAUGUCUUUGACAGUUUCUUCCUGCCUCCAUAGCUGAAGAAGAUUCUGCAGCCCCCAGACUUCCCCAGCAAGAGGAGCACCCAUCUGAGAACCAAGCCUCUUGAGCAGAGGAGGCAACAGCUGGAGGACUACAUUCAGGUAGAAUAUAUGUAUUUACGGUAACAUUUGACACCAGCAUCAUAAUACAUUAUGAAACGGUCAUAACCAUGUCAUAAUGUCAUAACCGGUCAUAAUAUGGUCAUAACACUGUCAUGGCCCAUUAUAAACUCAGCAGAAAAAGAAAUGUCCUCUCACUGUCAACUGCGUUUAUUUUCAGCAAACUUAACAUGUGUAAAUAUUUGUAUGAACAUAACAAGAUUCAACAACAGACAUAAACUGAACAAGUUCCACAGACAUGUGACUAACAGAAAUGGAAUAAUGUGUCCCUGAACAAAGAGGGGGUCAAAAUCAAAAGUAACAGUCAGUAUCUGGUGUGGCCACCAGCUGCUGCAUUAAGUACUGCAGUGCAUCUCCUCCUCAUGGACUGCACCAGAUUUGCCAGUUCUUGCUGUGAGAUGUUACCCCACUCUUCCACCAAGGCACCUGCAAGUUCCCGGACAUUUCUGGGGGGAAUGGCCUUAGCCCUAACCCUCCGAUCCAACAGGUCCCAGACGUGCUCAAUGGGAUUGAGAUCCGGGCUCUUCGCUGGCCAUGGCAGAACACUGACAUUCCUGUCUUGCAGGAAAUCACGCACAGAACGAGCAGUAUGGCUGGUAGCAUUGUCAUGCUGGAGGGUCAUGUCAGGAUGAGCCUGCAGGAAGGGUACCACAUGAGGGAGGAGGAUGUCUUCCCUGUAACGCACAGCGUUGAGAUUGCCUGCAAUGACAACAAGCUCAGUCUGAUGAUGCUGUGACACACCGCCCCAGACUGACGGACCCUCCACCUCCAUUCCUUGGAUGAUAAACGCAAAUCCGACCAUCACCCCUGGUAAGACAAAACCGCGACUCGUCAGUGAAGAGCACUUUUUGCCAGUCCUGUCUGGUCCAGUGACGGUGGGUUUGUGCCCAUAGGCGACGUUGUUGCCGGUGAUGUCUGGUAAGGACCUGCCUUACAACAGGCCUACAAGCCCUCAGUCCAGCCUCUCUCAGCCUAUUGCGGACAGUCUGAGCACUGAUGGAGGGAUUGUGCAUUCCUGUUUUAACUCAGGCAGUUGUUGUUGCCAUCCUGUACCUUCCCGCAAGUGUGAUGUUCGGAUGUACCGAUCCUGUGCAGGUGUUGUUACACGUGGUCUGCCACUGCGAGGACGAUCAGCUGCCCGUCCUGUCUCCCUGUAGCGCUGUCUUAGGCGUCUCACAGUACGGACAUAGCAAUUUAUUGCCCUGGCCACAUCUGCAGUCCUCAUGCCUCCUUGCAGCAUGCCUAAGGCACGUUCACACAGAUAAGUAGGGACCCUGUGCAUCUUUCUUUUGGUGUUUUUCAGAGUCCGUAGAAAGGCGUCUUUAGUGUCCUAAGUUUUCAUAACUGUGACCUUAAUUGCCUACCGUCUGUAAGCUGUUAGUAUCUUAACGACCGUUCCACAGGUGCAUGUUCAUUUAAUUGUUUAUGGUUCAUUGAACAAGCAUGGGAAACGGUGUUUAAACCCUUUACAAUGAAGAUUAUUUGGAUUUUUACGAAUUAUCUUUGAAAGACAGGGCCUGAAAAAGGGACAUUUCUUUUUUUGCUGAGUUUAUUUACACCUGUUGUGACAUAUAUUGCGUUAUUUUAUGGCUGGUUAUGACACCUACAUAAGAUUGUCAAAACCCACAUUUAUUCAAAUGUGUUUUUUCCCAGCCAAGAAGUUUCCUUUCGUUUGAAAAUUUGUUUGUUAAGUCCAUUGUUGUAAUUAAUUCUGUUUACAGUCAUGUUUUUUUUCAUCAUAAUUUAAAUAACUUGCAGAAAAUACACUUUGACCCUGUCAAGAAGCAUUAUGACCAUCAAAAUCAUAUAAGCCAGAUGGGCCUAUCACGUACAUGCCCUUGUCAGUCAUCAGUCAAAAAUAGGGUGUCUUGUCCUGCUCCUGAAGUGUUCAAUUACAAUGAUAAUUUAAUAUGGUCAAUUUCAGAACAUUUUAUAGAACAUAAACAUACUGUUAACAAGUAGGCUAUGGUGUAAUGGAAUGUUUUGCCUUGUGUGGCAGGGUUUUGAGACUCUUAUGUAGGUGUCAUAACCAGUCAUAAAAUAAUGCAAUAAAUGUCACAACUGGUCUAAAUAGAUGUCAUGAUGACAUUAUGACAUUAUGACAUGGUUAUGACUGUGUUAUGACGCUGGGUGUCAAGUAAAGUGUUACCGUAUUUACUUUAUUCAGUUAGGACUACAUAUAUUAAUUACAUACCAUGUUCAGUUACCACAUUCAAGUGUAAUAUUUACGUAUGAAAAAUAAUUAAUGAAUAUAUUUUACGUGCCAUAUUAGGACUUGAAACUAUAUUCAGGUAUGAAUUGACAUACAUUAUUUAGGUAUGACUGAGGGAUUAUGUUCCGUAUAGUUGAAUUUUACAAUAAGUGACUAAUCCAAUUUAGACUGUGUGUGAACAAAACCAUUUUCUUUGUCUUUUCUACUGGCCUCUCUCUCUCUCUGUAGGAUAUCAUCUACCAGUAUGAAGAAGUCCCUCAGGUGCUGCUGGACUUCCUGCAUGUGAAACAUUUCCACUCUGGGAACAAAAUCAGCAGCCUUGAGUAUGUACCUGCCCCCUCACCUCAACCAGCUACUCACAUCAGGUUCACUUCAAUAAAGUUAUAAAGACAGCAAAAGGUAUAUUGAAUAUGACAUGUGUGGCUAGGAAUGGAGAAUCCGAUGUGUCAGUCAAGAUUUUAUGAUAUCUGAGGUAUACAGUGCCUUCAAAGUAUUCACACCCCUUGACUUUUUUCAAAUGAGAUUGUGUGUCACUGAUAUACACACUAUACCCCAUAAUGUCAAAAUGGAAUUAUGUUUUUAGAAAUGUUUACAAAUGUAAUUAAAAAUGAGUUAAUAAGUAUUCAACUAUUUUGUUAUGGCAAGCCUAAAUAAGUUCAGGAGCAAAAUUGUGCUUAACAAGUCACAGGUUGCAUGGACUCACUCUGUGUGCAAUAAUAGUGUUUAACAUGAUUUUUAAAUGACUACGCCAUUUCUGUACCCCACACAUACAGUUAUCUGUAAGGUCCCUCGUCGAGCAGUGAAUUUCAAACACAGAUUCAACCACAAAGACCAGGGAGGUUUUCCAAUGGUUCGCAAAGAAGGGCACCUAUUGAAUAUCCCUUUUGAGCAUGGUGAAGUUAUUAAUUACACUUUGGAUUGUGUAUCAAUACAAAGAUACACGUGUCCUUCCUAACUCAGUUGCCGGAGAGGAAGGAAACCGCUCAGAGAUUUCCCCAUCUGGCCAAUGGUGACUUUAAAACAGUUAGUUUAAUGGCUGUGAUAGGAGAAAACUGAGGAUGGAUCAACAACAUUGUAGUUACUCCCCAAUACUAACCUAAUUGAAACAGUGAAAAGGAGGCGGCCUGUACAGAAUCAAAAAUAUUCCAAAACAUGCAUCCUGUUUGCAAUUAGGCACUAAAGUAAUACUGCAAACAAUGUGGCAAAAAAAUAAACGUUUUGUCCUGAAUACAAUGUUUGGGGGAAAACACAACACAUCACUGAGUACCACUCUUCAUAUUUUCAAGCAUGGUGGUGUCUGCAUCAUAUUAUGUGUACGCUUGUCAUCGGCAAGGACUAGGGAGUUUUUUAGGAUGAAAAUAAACAGUAAUAGAGCUGAGCACAGGCAAAAUCCUAGAGAAAAUUGUUUGUCUGCUUUCCAACAGACACUGGGAGACAAAUUCACCUUUCAGCAGGACAAUUACUUAAAACACAAGGCCAAAUAUACACUGGAGUUGCUUACUAAGAUGACAUUGAAUGUUCCUGAGUGGCCCAGAUACAAUUUUGACUUAAAUUGGCUUGAAAAUCUAGGGCAAGACUUGAACAUGGCUGUCUAGCAAGGAUCAACAACCAACUUGACAGAGCUUAAAGAAUUUUGAAAAGAAUAAUGGGCAAAUAUUGUACAAUCCAGGUGUGCAAAGCUCUUAGAGACUUACCCAGAAAGAUUCUAACUUGUAUUGACUCAGGAGGCUGAAUACUUACCUAAUCAAGAUAUAUUAGCGUUUUAUUUUCCAGAUCCUUUUUUUUUAAUUUAAUGUUACAAUUUGUCUUUCACUUUGACAGAGUAUUUUGUUUGUGGGUGACAAAAAAUUGACAAUUAGAUCCAUUUUAAUCCCAGGUUGUAACACAACAAAGUGGAAAACUUCAAGGGGUAUGAAUACUUUCUGAAGGCACCGUACAACUACCUUUAUAUGCUGCAGUGUUUAACAAUUGAAAAUGUAGAGAUCCUCUUGAAUGUACACUGAGUAUACAAAACAUUAAGAACACCUGCUCUUUCCAUGACAGACUGACCAGGUGAAAGCUAUGAUCCCUUAUUGAUGUCACUUGUUAACUCCACUUCAAUCAGUGUAGAUGAAGGGGAGGAGACAGGUUAAAGAAGGAUAUUUUAAGCCUUCAGACAAUUGAGACACAGAUUAUGUGUGCCAUUCAGAGGGUGAAUAGGCAAGACAAAAUAUUUAAGUGCCUUUGAACGGGGUAUGGUAGUAGGUGCCAGGCGCACCGGUUUGUGUCAAGAACUGCAACCCUGCCAGGUUUUUCACACUCAACAGUUUCCUGUGUGUAUCAAGAAUGGUCCACCACCCAAAGGACAUCCAGCCAACUUGACAACUGUGGGAAGCAUUGGAGACAACAUGGGCCAGCAUCCCUGUGGAACGCUUUUGACAUCUUGUAGAGUAGGGGGUGCAACUCAAUAUUAGGAAGGUGUUCCUAAUGUUUGGUAUACUCUGUGAAUAUUGUUUAAUAUGGGAAAAUAAUAGGCUGUAAUAAAAAAACGAUGGUUUCCUCAUAAUUUCAGAUCAUUUGAUGAUAGUGACCCUCAGGGAUAUGGGUGAGCUUCCCUUUUAUCUUGUGAACAGCCAUGUGUAUUCUGCCUGUCUGCCAUACAGUACUUAAAACCUGUACUUUGGUUUCCGAACCGGUCCUCUGGUCUAUGCUCGGCUCGGGACCCUCUGAAGUUCAAUUAUUUUAUAUAUUCUAAGACUAGCACACCUGAUUCUACUUGGCCUUGAUUUGUUGAGUCAGUUGUCCUGGUGUUGGCAUUUAACCAAUAUGUGGAUCGUCUGGCUUAUGAGGGUUUGGGCAUGCAGAGCAGAGGGCAAGUGUAAAUGUCAUACAGAAAGAUACAAAUUACAUUUCUGCGUAAGCAAAGUAUAAUCUCAACAUGGAAUGCUGAAAUCUGCCAAUGUUAUGCUCCAAAUUGCAAUGCACACAUUUAUAUUGUAGCAACAUACACUGGGGAGAACAAGUAUUUGAUACACUGCCGAUUUUGCAGGUUUUCCUACUUACAAAGCAUGUACAGGUCUGUUAUUUUUAUCAUAGGUACACUUCAACUGUGAGAGAUGGAAUCUAAAACAAAAAUCCCGAAAAUCACAUUGUAUGAUUUUUUAAAUAAUUAAUUUGCAUUUUAUUGCAUGACAUAAGUAUUUGAUCACCUACCAACCAGUAAGAAUUCUGGCUCUCACAGACCUGUUUAGUUUUUAUUUAAGAAGCCCUCCUGUUCUCCACUCAUUACCUGUAUUAACUGCACCUGUUUGAACUCGUUACCUGUAUAAAAGACACCUGUCCAACCUCUCUACAAUGGCCAAGACCAGAGAGCUGUGUAAGGACAUCAGGGAUAAAAUUGUAGACCUGCACAAGGCUGGGAUGGGCUACAGGACAAUAGGCAAGCAGCUUGGUGAGAAGGCAACAACUGUUGGCUCAAUUAUUAGAAAAUGGAAGAAGUUCAAGAUGACGGUCAAUCACACUCGGUCUGGGGCUCCAUGCAAGAUCUCACCUCGUGGGGCAUCAAUGAUCAUGAGGAAGGUGAGGGAUCAGCCCAGAACUACUCCACUCGCCGUGUUUGGAAUUAGAAGAAGGAUGAGUACAACCCCAAGAACACCAUCCCAACCGUGAAGCAUGGAGGUGGAAACAUCAUUCUUUGGGGAUGCUUUUCUGCAAAGGGGCAGGACGACUGCACCGUAUUGAGGGGAGGAUGGAUGGGGCAACACACAGCCAGGGCAACUAAGGAGUGGCUCCGUAAGAAGCAUCUCAAGGUCCUGGAGUGGCCUAGCCAGUCUCCAGACCUAAACCCAAUAGAACAUCUUUCGAGGGAGCUGAAAGUCCGUAUUGCCCAGCGACAGCCCCAAAACCUGAAGGAUCUGGAGAAGGUCUGUAUGGAGGAGUGGGGCAAAAUCCCUGCUGCAGUGUGUGCAAACCUGGUCAAGAACUACAGGAAACGUAUGAUCUCUGUAAUUGCAAACAAAGGUUUCUGUACCAAAUAUUAAGUUCUGCUUUUCUGAUGUAUCAAAUACUUAUGUCAUGCAAUAAAAUGCAAAUGAAUUACUUAAAAAUCAUACAAUGUGAUUUUCUGGAUUUUUGUUUUAGAUUCCGUCUCUCACAGUUGAAGUGUACCUAUGAUAAAAAUUACAGACCUCUACAUGCUUUGUAAGUAGGAAAACCUGCAAAAUCGGCAGUGUAUCAAAUACUUGUUCUCCCCACUGUACAUUUUACUCGUUCAGUUCUUCUACUCACCCAGUGGUCUCUUGUCCCUUAGCUGUCAGCUGCAGCAUCAGCGUGUGGUGGGAUUCUGUCGUGACCCCUAUCUCCUGGAGUCCCCCUCAGGUACGGCAGGCCUCCGCAUUGUUGUAUGGUGGUUGGAGAUGGCUUAGACCACCCAGACGAUUUAAGUGGGGGGGGCUACACUUGAGUGUCUAAAAUUAGGUAGAAAGUAAGUAGAAAUGAUAAUGGACCUAUACUGGAUAUUUAGAACUAACUGCCCACCCUUGGCUUUGAGCCUAUCUCCUCAUUUUGAGAUCACCACACUUUCUACCAUCCUUGCCAGUCACAUCCAGCUCAUUGUUAAUGUUUCCUCAGGAUGGUCUCCUUUUUAAAGAGCUUGCUGAAAGCUUUCUCAGCUAAAUGGCCUGUGCUUUAUUUUUUCUGUUUACAUUUGAGUCAUGUUCCAGAUCAAAUCUAACAUCUCAUUCCAAAAUUGUGGGCAUUAAUUUGGAGUUGGUCCCCCCUCUUGCUGCUAUAACAGCCUCCACUCUUCUGGGAAGGCUUUCCACUAGAUGUUGGAACAUUGCUGCGGGGACUUGCUUCCAUUCGGCCACAAGAGCAUUAGUGAGGUCGGGCACUGAUGUUGGGCAAGUAGGUCUGGCUCGCAGUCGGCAUUCCAAUUCAUCCCAAAGGUGUCCGAUGGGGUUGAGGAUAGGGCUCUGUGCAGGCCAGUCAAGUUCUUCCAAACCGAUCUCGACAAAACCAGUUUUGUAUGGACCUUGCUUUGUGCACGGGGGCAUUGUCAUGCUUAAACAGGAAAGGGCCUUCCCCAAACUGUUGCCACAAAGUUGGAAGCACAGAAUCGUCUAUAAUGUCAUUGUGUGCUGUGGCGUUAAGAUUUCCCUUCACUGUAACUAAGGGGCCUAGCCCGACCCAUGAAAAACAGCCCCAGACCAUUAUUCCUCCGCCAAAAAACUUUACAGUUGGCACUAUGCAUUCGUGCAGGUAGCGUUCUGCUGCCAUCCGCCAAGCCCAGAUUUGUCAGUCGGACUGCCAGAUGGUGAAGUGAUUCAUCACUCCAGAGAACACGUUUCCACUGCUCCAUAGUCCAAUGGCGGCGAGCUUUACACCACUCCAUCCGACGCGCUUCAGCACUCGGCUGUCCCGUUCUAUGUGCUUGUGUGGCCUACCACUUUGCAGGUGAGCAGUUGCUCCUAGACGUUUCCAUUUCGCAAUAACAGCACUUAGUUGACCGGGGCAGCUCUAGCAGGGCAGAAAUUUUACAAACUGACUUGUUGGACCUAUGACGGUGCCACGUUGAAAGUCACUGAACUCUUCAGUGCAGUUGAUUCUACAACCAAUGUUUGUCUAUGGAGAUUGCAUGGCUGUGUGCUCGAUUUUAUACACCUGUCAGCAACGGGUGUGGCUGAAAUAGCUGAAUCCACUCAUUUGAAGGGGUGUCCACAUACAUGCUUUUGGCCACAUAGUGAACAUUGCAGUCGCCUGCCAGGAUAAGUGGUAUCAGCUACCCACAUACAGUGGGAGAAAAAAGUAUUUAGUCAGCCACCAAUUGUGCAAGUUCUCCCACUUAAAAAGAUGAGAGGCCUGUAAUUUUCAUCAUAGGUACAUGUCAACUAUGACAGACAAAAUGAGGGGGGAAAAAAUCCAGAAAAUCACAUUGUAGGAUUUUUAAUGAAUUUAUUUGCAAAUUAUGGUGGAAAAUAAGUAUUUGGUCAAUAACAAAAGUUUCUCAAUACUUUGUUAUAUACCCUUUGUUGGCAAUGACACAGGUCAAACGUUUUCUGUAAGUCUUCACAAGGUUUUCACACACUGUUGCUGGUAUUUUGGCCCAUUCCUCCAUGCUGAUCUCCUCUAGAGCAGUGAUGUUUUGGGGCUGUCGCUGGGCAACACAGACUUUCAACUCCCUCCAAAGAUUUUCUAUGGGGUUGAGAUCUGGAGACUGGCUAGGACACUCCAGGACCUUGAAAUGCUUCUUACGAAGCCACUCCUUCGUUGCCCGGGCGGUGUGUUUGUGAUCAUUGUCAUGCUAAAAGACCCAGCCACGUUUCAUCUUCAAUGCCCUUGCUGAUGGAAGGAGGUUUUCACUCAAAAUCUCACGAUACAUGGCCCCAUUCAUUCUUUCCUUUACACGGAUCAGUCGUCCUGGUCCCUUUGCAGAAAAACAGCCCCAAAGCAUAAUGUUUCCACCCCCAUGCUUCACAGUAGGUAUGGUGUUCUUUGGAUGCAACUCGGCAUUCUUUGUCCUCCAAACACGACGAGUUGAGUUUUUACCAAAAAGUUCUAUUUUGGUUUCAUCUGACCAUAUGACAUUCUCCCAAUCCUCUUCUGGAUCAUCCAAAUGCACUCUAGCAAACUUCAGACGGGCCUGGACAUGUACUGGCUUAAGCAGGGGGACAUGUCUGGCACUGCAGGAUUUGAGUCCCUGGCGGCGUAGUGUGUUACUGAUGGUAGGCUUUUUUGCUUUGGUCCCAGCUCUCUGCAGGUCAUUCACUACGUCCCCCCGUGUGGUUCUGGGAUUUUUGCUCACCGUUCUUGUGAUCAUUUUGACCCCACGGGGUGAGAUCUUGCGUGGAGCCCCAGAUCUAGGGAGAUUAUCAGUGGUCUUGUAUGUCUUCCAUUUCCUAGUAAUUGCUCCCACAGUUGAUUUCUUCAAACCAAGCUGCUUACCUAUUGCAGAUUCAGUCUUCCCAGCCUGGUGCAGGUCUACAAUUUUGUUUCUGGUGUCCUUUGACAGCUCUUUGGUCUUGCCCAUAGUGUAGUUUGGAGUGUGACUGUUUGAGGUUGUGGACAGGUGUCUUUUAUACUGAUAACAAGUUCAAACAGGUGCCAUUAAUACAGGUAACGACUGGAGGACAGAGGAGCCUCUUAAAGAAGUUACAGGUCUGUGAGAGCCAGAAAUCUUGCUUGUUUGUAGGUGACCAAAUACUUAUUUUCCACCAUCAUUUGCAAAUAAAUUCAUUAAAAAUCCUACAAUGUGAUUUUCUGGAGGAAAAAAAAUCUCAAUUUGUCUGUCAUAGUUGACGUGUACCUAUGAUGAAAAUUACAGGCCUCUCAUCUUUUUAAGUGGGAGAACUUGCACAAUUGGUGGCUGACUAAAUACUUUUUUUCCCCCACUGUAUAUGGCAAACUGAUAUUCGACUGCCAAGUCGAUUAUCAGUUUGAUGUGUGCAGCGCAACUGUAAUCUAGUCGGCCUAGAACGCAACCAUAGUAUUGAACUUUCAAUUAGUUAAUCUUUUCCAACAGAUCUGCCGGACAUCGUCAAGGAUGGGGUCCUGCAGGGCUUGUACCCCCGAGACAUCCGUGUCAGCUUCACAGCCUGCACCAAACCCAGCCUCCCAGAUAGACCCAGUCUGGCUCCAGGUCCAGCCCAUACCUUCAAAGCUCCAGCGAUUCCCUCUAUAUAGUGGCAGCCUGCCGUGAAGUCCUGACAAUAGGAUCUGUGGAUUUUAAAUGUCCUUCUUGAUUCACUGGCUUGAUAGUGGUUUUGAUUAAUGUCCAUUGUCUGAAUCAGCCACCAAUGGUGAAGGCCCUUUUGCUUGUAUACUACCAUACAAUAAGUUUUUUUUUUUACUGAAGUCACAAAUAUGCCAAUUAAAGAUGUAUUAUAUAGAUAAAGCAAUGACAUCAUACAAGGGGUGGUUCCUGCUUACGAACAAAAUUCAAAUCUGCAAUUGGGUUUGUAAGCAGGAUUGAUGAGUCCACCAUUAACUGCCUUGCUCUCUAAAAAUGACCUACUGCAACAUUGGCUGCAUUCCAGGCUGACUAUCAGUCACCUGCCAGAUCUAAAUGUCCGGAUGUGUUUAUAAGCUAUCCACAUUAUACAACGAUCUGAUUCCUGACUGAACAGGGCGGCAGUUGGCACGUCGGGCCAGUAAAUGAAAGGUUGCUGGUUUGAAUACCCGAGCCGACUGAAUCUGUCUGUGCCCUUGAGUAAGGCACUUAACCCCAAUUUUCUCC